UGCAUGUACGGCGUUUGAGCUAUCUCUACUACUAUGGUUGUUUUUAUUUUGGGAUUGCCACGCACUGGUCAUCCAGCCCGGCUGAUUCAUGGAAAGCUAAGCUGGAGGAGUUUCUCGGCUUCUUUUUUCUUCUUCUCAAGGGAAGCAAGCAAGCAAGCAGCGAGAGGGCUUUUUUCUUUUUACAAUGGGUCAUGGACAUGGUCUAUAGCAGCUAGUUGUUUCACAAG